AUGCUGAGGGAGAAUUUGCUGAAGUCUCAGAAUAGAAUGAAGGAGUUUGCAGAUAGAAAGAGAACUGAGAGGGAAUUUCAAGUGGGAGAUUGGGUUUUGGAAAGAAUUGGAACAGUGGCCUACAAACUCAACUUGCCUCCAUCUACAAAGAUACAUCCUGUGGUACAUGUGUCAUGUUUGAAGAAAAAGUUGGAUCAAAAUGUUAUUCCACUUCCUACAUUGCCUCCUUUGGAUUCUCAAGGAAAAGUGCAACCUGAACCUGAGUUGAUCUUACAAAGAAGGAUGAAGAAAAUCAGAAACCAUGCGGUCACUGAAGUAUUGGUGAAAUGGUUAGGAGCUUCUAUUGAAGAUAGUACCUGGGAACUUCUGUGGACAUUGCGGGAUCGCUAUCCCCACCUUGUGGGCAAGGUCCUUUAG